ACCGGAGAGAGAGUGGGACAGCCUGACUGUGCACCAGGACUCCUCUGCAAAGACCUGGACCCCAGCUCUGAGAGAAUAUGGCUGACAGAAAUGUGAAAUUAACUGGUGGGGCAGUCAGAUAUGGAGCUACUUAUGGAAGCAACAGUCUGUUCACAGGGGCCAGAGGAGGUGGAGGUUCUAGCCUAGUUCUGUCUCGUUCACUUGGCCUGGCAAGGGGCGCAGGAGCUUCUGGUGGGGGUUUUGGUUUGGGGCUAGGAAUUGGUGGUCUAGGUCUAGCUCUAGGAGCUGGUGCAGGUGCUGGUGCGGGUGGAGCAGGUUUCGGCCUGGGUGGAGGCGCACUUGCCUUAGGUAGUGGUUAUGGUCUGGGAGCUGUAGGUGCCAGAGCUGCAGGCUUCAGGGCUGGUGUGGCUCCACUUAGAGCUCGUCUGGGUGGCCGUGUCUUCAAGGUUGGAGGUUAUGGCUUUAACCCAUCCUUCUUGAGCUCCACCACCACAGUGGAUGCAGGCGUCAGUCCAGUGCCUACCAUUGACCCCUCACUCCCAUCCAUGGACACAGUGCAGAUUACACGUAUGAAGGAGAAAGAAGAGCUGCAAGUCCUCAAUGACAAGUUUGCAUCUUUCAUUGAUAAGGCUCGGUCGCUGGAGCAGCACAAUGCUAUACUGAAAGCCAAGAUUGCCAUGUUCACCAAUCCUGAGCAGGGAGGUCCUGCCAGCCCCUCCAUCCUGCUCACAUCAACUAUUGGAAGCUACAAAUCCCAGAUUGACGGUCUUACAGCCACUAAAGAGGCCAUCAUUGCUGAGAUCGAACACUAUAAAGGCAUCAUUGCCGAUGUGCAGGCCAGAUAUGAUGAGGAAGUGGGCCAGACCAAAUCUUUGGAGUUGGAGUGGGGAACUUUAAAGGAGGAGGUGGACAGCAUUUACCUCACUAUUUUUGAGCUGCAAACUGGUAUCAGUGGUCUGGAAGAUCAGAUUGCUCUGUCCAAGCAGCUGUACGAUGCUAAAGUUAAAGAGGUCAGGAACAUUGUUACUGGCAGUGUGAAGUCAGCUGUCUCCAUCUCUGUGGAUAACACAGCACAGGCACAGGACCUGACCUCUGCCCUCGCUGACGUUAAAGCUCACUAUGAAGCUCUAGCACAGCGCAGCAAACAGGAUGCCCUUCAUUCUGUCCAGGACAGCCUCUCCUUGAUGAGCGUUUCAUCUCAACCCAGCAUUCAGUCCCUCACUACAGUCAAAGAAGAGCUGAGAGUCUACAAACUACAGAUUGACUCUGUGCAGAGAGAAAUCGACCGACUCAAAUCACUGAACCUCCAGCUCGAAUCUCAGGUGGACGAGGCUGAAUCUCACUCUAACUCACACACCGAGACCUACCAGGAACAAGUGCAGACGCUCAAGUCUCAGCUGGAUGACCUCAGAAAGCAAAUUACACAUUAUAGUCAAGAAUACCAGGAACUUCUGGCCAGCAAAAUGUCUCUUGAUGUGGAAAUCACAGCUUACAAAAAACUCCUGGACAGUGAGGAGAACAGGCUGAAAUCUGGGGGCGGUAUCACAGUGCACAUGUCUAAGACAGUAGUAGGAGGAGGAGGUGCAGCAGGAGGCGGCGGAGGUGCCCUGGGUUUUGCAGCAGGCGGAGGUGCGGGAGGUGGAUUCGGAGGAGGCGCUGCCCUUGGCAUUGGAGGUGGACUUGGUUAUGGUUUAGGCCUAGGUUCAGGAGGUGGUCUCGGAGGUGGUCUUGGCGGUUUCGGAGGUGGUCUCGGAGUAGGAUUGGGAGGAGGACUUGGGCUUGGAGCAGGUGGGAGCAGCUACAUGUCCUCCAGCUUGAGCAGCAGUGCUUUGUCUUCCAGUGUUUACUGAAGAAACAGUCAUUCAGCCCCUUAAAACACUUAAGAAAUAAACAAUAUUGGCCUGAAAGUCCCCUAAAAUAUUUUUUAUAUGUCUUUCACACAAAAUCCUCUCAAGCAUCAAGAUUUCCCCAACUCUAUGAUGCACAUUACAAAAAUACAAAUUAAUAUAACAUUCCUAUUUUUUUUUAUUCAUGUUGUGAUAAGACCAAAUAAACUGUGUUCAUUCAAA